AUGGCAGCCUCUGUCUACGCAACACCACCACCGGAUUUCAGUAGCGAAGAAGCGGCUAUGAGUGACACUUCCAACUCAUCGCAUACAAACAGUUCAAAUAACUCCACUAUGAAGGCAACGAAACGGUCACUGGCUUCGGCCUUUCUUAACUCCCCACAGGCCAUCAAUACUGCCACCCAGCUCAGUUCAGACAGCAUCCCGGAUCUAUCGAAGAAGCGCCGUAAACAGCCCAUGCCAAGCCGUAUUUCAGCAAAUGGUACGGAAGAAAAUACAUCCAUUACUGCUGGCAACACUGAAGUAAUGGAUGAAAACGAAGAUGCUGAAACAACUGCCAUUGAAUCAAUUGCGAAUGCUUUCGCAGAACAGCAGAGUAACUUCCAGAAAAUAUUUUUGUCCAAUCUGAGUCAAUUACAAAAGCAGCACCUGCUGCAACAGCAGCUGGACGAUCAACUGGAUGAAUCUGCCGCUGAAGAACGACUUCAAAAUGGGUCUAAUCCAUUAAUUUCCAUCAAAAGUCGGGAAAGUUUAUUUGAUAUGCCACAAAUCACGAAAGAAUUGGAAAAUGUUAAAACGGAGCGUAAAGACGGGAGCGAAGCAAACUCAAAUGAAUCUAUGAAAGAUCAAAACGAAAAUGAUCGUAAGAGUCCCGAUUAUGACAAUGAAGCUAUGAAAAACAAUAAUGACGAAUAUAAUAAAUUUACUGAAAAAUCUGACGAUAGUAAAAGCAAACCAACAGAUGAAGACCAGAACAGCGAUCAGAUGCGGGUAUGUUCUGAGUUGAACUUUAAGAAAGAAUUGCUCCACGACUCUGACUGGGAUGGUGAAAUUCGUUGCUCAUCGACGAACGUUUCCAAAGCGGACGAUUGGUUAUCCAUACCAGGUUUGCCAUUUCCAUUUUCACCAGAAGCUGCUGCGGCACUUUCCGCAUCCGGCUAUAUGCCUCAGCUUCCGUUACUUGGAAUGCCAUCAGCAUCGUCUUACGGAUCGACUGAUAGCUCAAACCGGCCUAAUGUACCACCGUUAAGAAUCUUCAACCCGGAAGCCUUUUGCGGUCUCUGCAAUAAGGAAUUCUGCAACAAAUACUUCCUGAAGACGCACAAGGCCAACAAACACGGAAUCUACGAACCGCAAAGCGGCAGUAACGAUUCUCUACCGAACGUUGGCUCGUUUAAUCCUCUUCAUCAGCUCUCACAAGUGUUCCAACUACAACAUCAACAGCAGCAGCAGCAGCAGCAUCAACAGCAACAACAACAACAACAACAACAACAGCAGCAAGCAGCCCUUCAGGAGCAGCAGGACAAGGCAGCCCAAAAUCAGCCAACCAAUUCGGAAGGCACAUCUCCGCAACAACCUCCUCCGAUGCGUCCAGCUGUGUCCCCUCAGCUGCCAAUGAAUUCAAUUCAACCGACAGUGUUUUGUGAUAUCUGUUUCAAAAAGUUCAGCACUCUUAGUGCGAUGCGCAAACAUCGCAGUAAAGCUCACGAUCUCUCCAACACCCAACAACAUCAUCAGCAGCAGCAACUUCAGCAAGGAUCAGAUCUUAGCUUGGAGGCUCCAUCACCAUCCAAUGCUGAACGUAUGACUCCAACUGCGAUGCAAUUCCGUCUUCCGGAUGGAUUUCGUGAGGAUUACUCAGUGGAGCAAGAGGAUGCGUCCUUCACUCCGCAACCACGUAAGCUGUCUCCUCUCUCGAUUCAAGCCGCUCGUGAAGCGAACUUUUCCGUUGAUAAAUUGAAGCGGUUGGGAGUGAUCAAUCCGGAAGCAUUUUGUGAGAUAUGCUGUAAGGAAUACUGCAACAAGUACUUUCUGCGUACCCACAAGUUGAAGAGGCAUGGAAUAUUCAUGCCACCGGAUGAGGUGAAGGAGGAUCGCAGUCCUUGGAAUUUCGUUCAGACAAGCCCCUUAAAUCUGAUUGUGGGAGGUGCGGAGAAUCCUGGACUUCCACCGCCGUUAAAGAAACUCAGUGAACGGGUGCGCGAUGAAGACCUGUUGAAAGCAACUGCGUUGAAGGAAGAACUACUGAAGAAUGUCGAUACCAAAGGUGGAGAUGAUGAGCCAGGGGAGGAACUUGGCGAUAAGGAAGGAUCAGCAUGUGUCGAUCAAGAUGGCGAACCUAUUAGUGUGGACUUGCAGAAGCUACAGUCGAUGAUCAUGCAGCUGAGUGAUUUGAAUAAUCAACGAAAAAUGUCCUGCGGUAUAUGCGGAAAGGAGAUGGAGAAUCAGUACUUGCUACAUACCCACAUGAUUCAGGAGCAUAACAAUAUGAACGAAAACAACAAUGGACUCAAGUCACCAGUAAAUAUAGCCCCUAUGCCAACAUCACCAAAUGAGUUUGAAAUGUGCAAGCAGUGCGACAAGGAGUUUUCCAACGCGUUCAUGUUGAAGCAACACUUGAUGGAAGUGCAUGGAUCUCAGAAUGGCAGCCCGAAAAGGGAAGGUUUCGUAACGCCGGAUCGACCAACGACUUCAGCCAGUAUAAAUAUGCCAUCCGGGCCGAGUUACGCCGAGAGGAAGCCCACAUUUUCGAUGACACCGACCAGCAGUUAUUGCGAAAUUUGUAACAAAGAAUUGUGCAACAAGUAUUUCAUGAAAACUCACAUGCAAAGAAUGCACGGCAUCGAAAUUGAAAAUGGUGCUCAAAUCGGUGGAGUCGUGUGCAAUAUUUGUAAUAAAGAGCUGUGCAGUAAGUACUUUCUACGUGUUCAUAAACAUAACACGCAUGGAAUUGUGGAGGAAGGUGCUCCUCUGCCACAGCCUAGAAACAAUGGUGAACCGACUGAGAAUUCAGAGUCCCAAUUUUCCGUUGAUAGUGUGCUGAAACCAGGGGAGAUAACGGACGUAAGCAACCGAUACUAUUCACAUUUUACUGAGGUGUGCCCUUUGUGCAGCCGAAGAUUCCGCAGUGCUAAGUGGCUGAGGGCACAUUUGCUCAGUGAUCAUGGAAAAAUGGGAGUUGACAAGCUUCGCGAGAUCGAACACAAGCUGGGAGGGGGAAGUAAGUCUAAUAGCCCUUCGCUGAAGAUUCCGAAUGGUGGUAUGAACGUGAAUUCUGCUGAGCAGAAAUUCAAUCCCAAGGUUGCUUUCGGCUUCAAUUCUCCAGAUGCAAAAUUUUUGAUGAAAAAUCCAUUCACUGGACUAUUUGGUGCAGAUCCUACCAACUCCAACCUCGGGCCAAAGGGUUACCAAUGUUCGUACUGCCCGUUUGCAACUCCAUUACUUCCAUUGCUAUUCAUCCACGAGAGAACACACACCAGUUUGAGUAUCGUACAGCAGCAGCUGCUGCAGGAAGAGGAGAAACAUCAAAUUCAACUACCUCCGUUGCAUUUGCCAACCAUCAAAUCGGAAUUGGCCGUUUCUUUAGCCAAAGAUAAGGAUUGCUUUUCACUGCCAACAUCGGUUUCAACAUCGGAGACUCCAUCACUGACACCGGCUUCAACUCCGGUACCCUCGAUGUCACAGGAUGCAAUGCAGAGCUCUUCUCUACAGCAGGAACCACCAUCGCAGCAAUCUCCGACACGGGAAUCGCCCCGUAUCCAGGAAUCACCAAAAUCCACCUCACCCAAAUCCGAACCAAACACCAUACUGUCGGAAAUGGCCAAUCUCACCCAACGACCGGCCGUUUAUGCCCUACCCCAGCAGAGUGGACCACUACUGAUGCAGUCGUUCCUGAUUGAGGAAUCAGCUGCUUCUAGCUCCUCUAGCAAGGCUGGAGAGGCACACCCAUUGGCAAACAGGUUUGUACCAGCUGUUGUUUUCCUACCUGUUAAGGAGCGUAUCCUUUCUCCGAUGACAAUAUCGUUCACGCUUAGCCCUGCCUAG